UCCAUAAUUAAUGUUGAGUUUGACAUUACAGGUGUUGUAUACCCUGUUUGUAACACAACCGCUCAGCCAACAUGUUUAAAGUAAUUACGGUGUGUAUGUGGCUAUUCGCCUUCAACAAUCUUGUGUCGUCCGAGUUUAUUUAUGAAGGUUUGAGCGACUCAGUACAACCAGACUGGUGGCAAACGGAAAUUAUCUAUCAAAUUUACGUGAGAUCGUUCAAAGACAGCGAUGGUGACGGAGUUGGGGACCUGAACGGUAUAACUGAAAAAGUCCCAUAUUUCAAAAGUAUAAAUGUCGGCGCCGUUUGGUUAUCGCCGAUAUUCCUCUCACCGCAAAAUGAUUUUGGUUACGAUAUUUCUGACUACAAGGAGAUCGAUCCUAUUUAUGGUACUAUGGAAGAUUUUGAACGUAUGAGGGAUGAGUUUCACAAACAUGGCAUUAAGAUCUUGUUGGACUUUGUACCAAAUCAUACAAGUGACGAACAUGAAUGGUUCCAAAAAUCAAUUAAGAAAAUAGAGCCUUUUACUGACUAUUAUGUAUGGAAAGAUCCUAUUUUUGAUCAAAACGGCACUAAAACGCCUCCGAGUAAUUGGUUGGGCGUGUUCAACAGUGGAUCUGCGUGGGAAUGGAACGAUGAACGUGAACAAUAUUAUUUACAUCAGUUUCAAGUAAAACAGCCUGACUUGAACUACAGAAGUCCGUCAGUUAGAGAAGAAAUUAAGAACACGCUAUUAUAUUGGUUGGGACGUGGCGUUGACGGAUUUAGAUUCGACGCAGUUAACUAUCUAUUUGAAAGAGAAGAUCUAGCUGAUGAACCAAAAUCUAACAAAAUCGGUUAUUUGGACACUGAUUACGAUUCAUUAUCGCAUACCAGCACACUUGAUCAACCAGAAACUUAUUCCAUCGUACGCUCGUGGAGACAGAUGUUGGACAGUUACAGGACCAGGGAAAAUAAAACUAAGUUUAUGAUGGUAGAAUGUUACUCACCUUUUGAUAAAACCAUGCUGUACUACGGUAACCAGUCAGCGCCUGGGGCUCAUUUUCCAUUCAACUUUUUAUUCAUUAACACGUUUGAUCAACAAUCGGAUGCUGCUCAAGUUCAUAAUAUGAUUAAAUCCUGGAUUAAUGGUAUGCCCACCGGCAUGUGGCCAAACUGGGUGCUAGGUAACCAUGAUAACUCGAGAGUGGCUACAAGAAGCAACCCAAUGUUAGUCGAUGGAUUACAUAUGAUUCAACACCUCUUGCCUGGUACUUCAGUGACUUAUUACGGAGACGAACUUGGUUUGAUAGACACAAACGUUCGUUGGGACCAAACUGUUGAUCCAGCUGGGCUCAACGUCGGCCCUUAUAGGUUUUUGAAAUUUAGCAGAGAUCCCGUAAGGACUCCAUUCCCGUGGGACAGUUCGUAUAAUGCAGGUUUUUCUAAUUCAUCUAACUUGUGGCUUCCUCUUAACUCCGAUUAUUGGAAAAAAAAUAUAGUAGAAGAAUCAAAGUAUAAAAGUAAUCUAAGGUCAUACAGGCAAUUGGCGAGGUUAAGGAGAAGUCUGACAUUUCUCAAAGGCGAUUUGCACCUAUACACUUUAUCCAAAUGGGUAUUUGGAUUUUCACGGAGUUUUUAUGAUCAUCCAACAUACUUCAUUGUAGUCAACUUGGGGAGUGAAAUAGAAGUAGUUGAUUUAUUGAAAUUCAGAGCUACUUUACCACUGACUUUAAAAAUUAAGGUCUCUAGUAUUAACUCUGGUUAUGUUACCGGAAAUUUAGUAAAUGCAGAAAAUGUGUUAUUGCGACCAAAAGCAGCUCUUGUACUUACAACUUCAAGAAUAAAUGAAGAUACAUUGGCUAAUUCAUAGAAUUUUAAGAAUAUAAUAUAUAAUUAACUUAUGUAUAAAAAUUAUUAAUUAAAAUAUUAAAUUAUAUUUAAUUAUUUUAAUUAAUUCCAAAUAAACUAAACCCGUUUGAAAGUAUA